AUGGAUUUCUACUCCAACCUAUCCUCAACAUCAUCGCCACUAGCAUCGUCGAUAUACCCCACCAUUUUUGAGAUUUUGUCAUCCGAUGAGAUUGAUGCGCUCCUUACACCUUCCGUCAGAUAUAUAACAGCCAACUUAGUGGCUCGAAAGCCCAACAAGUAUACAUUGUGGAUAAAUAACUGGUUUGAUGAAUGGUUUCUGUUGGCGACAAAGCUUGCUAUAGAAUCUCACUAUGUGAUUAAUUGGGAUGGCACGUUCAUAGAGAACUUCUACGGUUUGAAGCGAAUAAAUUCGUCAAACAGCGUUCUCUUAAAAACUCUACAACGAGGUUCGAAUCUAGAUAUUCCACUAAGAUUAAAUACAAACCAAAGAUGCGCAGUGCUUUUUGAAAAGGUACUUGUACCAUACCUUGCGACCAAACUCGAUUUAACGCAUUCAAAGCUGCUGGCAGGUGCCUUGGUACGUGAUCGUCUUCAAGACGAAGGCACUUCUUUCAGAAUCCGUAAAGCACUGCGAGGAAUAUUUGUCAAGUAUUACCCGCUAUUGAAGAAGCUCGUUUUUCUGUUGAACCUUGCUGUCAAGCUUUACUUCCUAUCGGGCAGAACAGGCGCUACAUCAUUGAUUGAUUUCAUUUUAAACAUACAGUAUACUCGUCUGUCCAGAUUCGACUAUGAACGGAACGAAGACAAGAAGCUCGAUGUGCUGAAAGGGCACGGGCUUUCUAGGCCCAGUAAGCUGAACAAGUCUGCACUCCUCUUUCUCUUAAAGGUCUGGAGUUCUAAAUUCGGGUCAACGAUAAAAACCUCUGCAUCGCAGUUCUUCCCUGCAUUCAUAUUUACGUUGCGCGUCUUCCAGUGGUGGACGUCGCAGGAUUUAUCAGCUGAAUUACUGAGAAAAGUAGACGCUAUCGAUGGAGAUAUCCCGCCGCCUCCUUUCCCAUUCGAAAGAAAUAUAAGCGGUAAAUGCAGGAUCUGUGAUAAUCCCAUUCAAAACCCUGCAGCAAUUGGAACGGGUUACGUCUUUUGCUACCCAUGCAUAAUGGCUUACUUACCACAACACGAGGGCAAAUGUCCCGUAACUGGCAGCAAACUGUUGGGGUGCGACUACGACAAAGAAUCGGGCAAUUGGUCAGUUAAGGGCGUGAGAAAGCUUCUAGUAUAG